UUUUCACUUUUCCCAAGUAAUGCGUAUGAAGCGUAUCACCUCGUGAUACGAGUCAUCUCAACCCGUUCAGUUGUAGCUUGACGUUCAUGGGAGUAAGGUGGCUGUCUCUCCGCACGUGUGUGUUGUAUUUGUGAAGCUGUUCGUGGUAACUCAAAGUGGUAACAUCAAAAACUGCCAAAAGAAUGGCAAAUACCAAAGGGCUUUCUGAGCCCCCGUCAAAAAAAUCAAAUGUGACCAAAGCUAAAGUUUCCAAAGCAACUCCUGCCAAACAACCAGUAGCCAAUAGAGCUUCUGCAGCAAAAACUGGAUCUGUUCAAAAAUCACCCCUGUUGACUUACAAAAAAUUGGAACCCAAACGCACUGAAGUCGAUCUCAAUUUUGAUUUGGAUACUUUUUUGAAAUCAUCUACCGUUGAAAAAGAACAAGUUGAAGAUGUACCAGAUGAAUUACCUACUACAAUAUCCGAUUUGUUGGAUGAAUUUCCAGAACUAGACAUAUUGCAUGCCGAAUGUUCUGUUUCGCCCAAUAAUGAUGAUCUGAUAAAACCACCAAGUCCUGAACCACGACCAAUUACUAACAUUCUUCCUCAGCCAAAUUCUAACAUUCAUUUACAACCAAGUCUUAAUGUUCUUCCACAAUCAAGUCCUAAAAUUUGUCCACAACAAAGUCCUUUGAUUAAUCUACGAGCAAGUCCUGAAAUUGAUCUACAAUCAAUUCCUAUAAUUCUUCCGAAACCAACUUUUACAAUAUCUCCAAAGUACAUGUGGUCAUCUUCAGAAAUUAAGCAAAAUGGUAAUUCUCAAAAAAGGCACUUGGAUGAAGAUUCCAAUAAUGAAAAUAAAAGUCCAUCAAAUGAAAGCUGCAAUGAAGAUUAUGCCACACCUCGAAAAGUUUUAAAACGUUUAUCAGUUAAGGAUAUUCAUGAAAAUAAUGUUCUUAGAAAUGUUCAGCUAGCUCAAGCAAGUCCUUCUCAUAUAAAGCAAGUGAGCCAAAAUACUUGUGGAUCAAGUUCAAAAUCAUCUGAGCUGAAUGAAUCCAGUCCUAUUGAUAAUGAUAGUGAUGAAGAAGAUCUCUCUGAAGACACUGAUGACGAAGAAUUAGAUGAUACAUACAAUGUAGAUUUCGAUGAAAGCAUCUUUGCAAAUCCUGAUGACAACAUAAACUUUGACAUUAACACUAUUCUAGAUAAGCCUCGUGCUAACUUUUCUCUGCAAGGUCUUGGAGAAAAACGCAUGGCUGACUAUUUUCAUCAACGAUCAGUGACUAGUGAUUGCAUUAAAUCUCUGCAUGUGCAGCUUCAAUCACGACCUACAAAUUCUGUAGAUAAAAAUCCUACUGGUUUGAAAGUUCGUCUUAUGCCUCAUCAAAAAAGAGCUUUAAAAUGGCUUCUGUGGAGAGAAACUCAAAAACCAAGCGGUGGUAUUCUCGCUGAUGACAUGGGUUUGGGAAAAACAAUAGAAAUGAUAUCAUUGAUAUUGUCUUCUAAAAAUGAAAAAAAGAAAAAUGCUAUUGAUACAAAUGAUGAUGAUGACAGCGAUGGUGAAGAUUGGGGACUUCCUACAACAAUUAAAGAAAGAUAUGAUGGAGGUACAUUGGUUGUUUGUCCAGCAUCAGUGGUAAAACAAUGGGAUAAUGAAGUAUCUAAAUGUUGUAAAAGUAAUUUUAUGAAUUCUUUUGUAUUCCAUGGAGUUAAUAAACAGCGAAGCUCUAAAAGUUUAAGCAAAUUCGAUGUUGUUGUUACAACAUACCAUGCAGUUGCUGCAGAAUAUGUUAAUCACGUACAAGCAGGAAAAACUAUAGACUCUCGAUUAUUUAAGAUUAACUGGGAAAGGGUGAUUUUGGAUGAAGCUCAUUACAUUCGAAAUUGUAAAACUAAGGUGUGUAAGGCAGUUUGUGAGUUGACAUCAAAGCACAAGUGGGUACUUACUGGUACUCCCAUUCAAAACAAAGCUGAUGACUUUUAUGCUUUAUUGAAAUUUUUACAAUGUAAACCAUUUGAUGAUUGGGUUACUUGGAAAAGUUGGGUUUCCAAUGAAAGUGAAAAUGGCAAUAAAAGACUAGCUGUUCUUACAAAAGCUCUUAUGCUGAGGAGAACAAAAGAGGAAUUGAUAAUGAAAAAUGCUGUACCAGAGCUACCCGAAAAACAAUCAGAGAUCAUAGAAGUAAAAUUAGAUAUACAAGAAAAAGCUCUAUAUCAUAAGCUUUUAUUAUUUUCGCAACAGUUUCUCAAUGAAUUUUUAAAUAAGAAAAAAGGAGAUGCUUAUGGUUGCUAUAACAGGAAUCCUAGUCUUUUUGAACAACAGAUACCAAAGAAAUUGGGAAAACUUAUGAAACUUCUUAUGUCUCACUCGUAUAGAGUGGAUCAUACUGAACUUUUGGUUCUUGUGUUGAGAUUAAGACAAGUAUGCUGUCAUCCAUCAUUAGCAAAAAUGAUGAUUGAACCAGAUGAAUUAGACGAUGAUGAAAGAGGAGCCAAUGAAUCUAUGUUAUCUAAUUUGCAUGAUGUUUUGGAUGAAAGUGAUUCUGGAGACGAAGACGAUAGUGAAGAUAUUGACGAACGCAUGGUUAGAAAAGUAUUGUCGCGCUCAAAUCCAGUUUUUGCUGAAAUGAGAUUAAGUUCAAAAGUUAAAGCUAUACUAUCUAAAGUUCAAGAAGUCCUUAACAAUGGAGAAAAAGUAGUAAUUGUUUCACAAUGGACAGGUUUCUUGAACUUAAUUGGUCAGUUUUUGGAAAAAACAGUGCCUCAAGCUAAAUUUGCCAAAUUUUUUGGAUCAACCGAUGUGAGAGAACGUCAGAAUAUUGUUGAUAGAAUCAAUGACUCUAAUGAUGAUCUCAAUACAUUGCUAUUAUCGCUAACCGCUGGUGGAUGUGGAAUAAAUUUAGUUGGUGCGAACAAUUUGAUUUUGGUAGAUUUACAUUGGAAUCCUCAGUGGGAAACCCAAGCACAAGAUCGUAUUUACAGAUUUGGACAGGCAAACAAUGUAAAAAUAUACAAAUUUAUUUGUAAAGAUACCAUUGAAGAAAAGAUAAAGGAACUUCAAGACUCUAAACUUCUAGUAGCAACGAACGUGUUGUCGAAAAAUAAAUGUCACAAAUUAACGAUAGAAGAUCUGAAAAAGUUGUUCUCUAUGGAUAAACCAGUGGUAAAGAAUAAAAAUCCUCCGAGUGCUAAGAAAGCUAAGAAAGCUAAGAAUUCUACUGCAGUCCCUUCAUCUUCGAUUCCGGAAGAGAACGAGGAAGAGAACGAAGAAGAGGUAGAAAACGGAGAAAAUGAAGAAGGCGAAGAAAAUGUAGAUGAAAAUGCCGAUCCUGAUCUAGUGGCAUUAUAAGAAGUCAUUGUUCCAUGUAAAAUUUCUAAUAAUUUUUUUUCGAUUUCUGAAAUUACUUCAGAGCCGAUUUUUUUUCAUCGUUUGCCUUUGAUUAUACUUAUAGUCUAUUGUACUUUUUGAUUUAAAAGUAAUUAUUGUUUUAAGUUUUCGAUUUGACUCUUAGAAAUUAAGUGCAUGUUAAUCGAAUUGUUUGCAUCGUUUAUCAUUGCGUAUAGUUAACGUUGUCUAUUGUACUUUUUGAUUUAAAAGUAGAAAUAUUUAAAAUUUUCUAAAUCGACUCGUAGCAAUUAAGUGCGUGUUUAUCGAAUUAUUUGCAUUGUUUGUCACUGCGUAUAGUCAGUGUUGUUCUUUAUACUUUAAUUUAAAAGUAGUUGUGUUAUGUUUACAAAAUUUAAGCUCGUCUUGUCGUCACUUAAGUGCGUUAGUAUUAAUACAUUAUAAAAAACGUUGUUCUUGUAUUUAAAUGUUGAUGGUAUUUGAACAUAGUAAUAAACAGCGAUCUCAUCGUUUCACGUCAAAA